AUGAGACUGUUCCUUCUCCCCAUCUCGACGCGGCGCACGCUCAUCUAUUGCGAUCGAGUCGCAACCCAAGUCACCACCACUGGAAAACUAUCGUACCACGACCGGAUCGUCAACAAAGCAAACGAGACGUGGGCAUCAUGGGAAAACUCGCCAAACAAAUACAAGAAGAAGCUUACCGAUUACGGCAACGUCGUCUUCAACCGCAUCUCCUACGAGGAAUGGGGUCUCAAGACCUUGCCAUCAUCUACUGCCGAUCUUACGCCCACUGAGAUAGUCUUCCCUGGCCGCUUCUUGGAUCAGAAAAAGGUGCCGGAAGUUCUGAGAACUCUUGCUACAGAGAGACAAGGCUUGCACAAACAGAGGUUCUGGGGCAGUCUGAUCGGCUUGCCCUUCACGAUCCCUGUAGGACUCCUGCCCGUCAUUCCGAAUAUCCCGGGUCUCUACCUCGGGUUUCGCGCAUGGUCACACUUCAAAGCACUAUACGGCUCGAAAUAUCUAGAGGCUCUGAUCAACAGCAAGGAGUCGUUAAUAACAAUGUCUCCGUCAAAGGCUCUGGAUGAUCUAUACGUUGCAGGCUUGAUACAGCCUUCUCGAGAACACUCCAGAAAAGCGAGUCAACCGUCAGAAGCCGAGUGUCAAGAGGUUGCUGACCUGGUCGCACAAAAGACCAAGACUGACGUGGCUGAUGUCAUGCUACUCAAACGAUGGAAUGGCAAACUGCUAGCCGAACAAUUUGGCCUUCCGGGUAUGGAGCUCGAGAUCGAGAGAGCUGUGGCACAAGUCGAGCAGAGCAUUGAGGUUGCGUCUGCGGCACAAGUCCAGAGAAACAUCGAAGCUGCGUCCGCGGUAUUAGGCCCGGCGAAAGAUACCACCACGGCCACAACGAAGGAGACGCUUUCCGGUGACGAGCGAAAAUAA